AUGGACCACUUCUUGGAGGUUAUUUUGCGAGAUUCCUGCUUCAUCUUCGAGCUCUUAUUGAGAAACUUCGAAAAUCUGCUUCAUGAUACGAAGCAAGACGAUAUAACAGACUAUAUAUUGAGAACACCAUGGCUGAUCGAUUGUAUUGGGCUGGACUUGAUAAUGCUCGAAAAUCAACUACCAUAUUUUGUUUUCACCAAACUUUUCGAAUUCAUCCUAGAAAACCAGCAUGAGAAUUUGAAUAACAUCCCUCCUUAUCUAUCUAAAAACCAAAAUGAAAGUGAACGCCACCAUUUCAUUAUGAAGAUGACCUGCGAAUUCUUCAAUGGUUAUUACUACUUCUAUGGAAAAGUAACAACAUCCGAAUCCAUACGCUCCAUCUCACAAUGCUUCCAAGACAUCAAACAUUUCACUAAUUUGGUCAGGCAAUUCAUGUGUCCAAAUAAUUAUGUUGCUAGUUCUGAAUUUGCUGGCUGUCGCUAUAGUACAAAAGAGCUAGACAAAGGAAGGGUGGAUUUUGUGCCAUGUGCUAACAAGUUCUUAACUGACAUAAAGUUUAAUAAAGAAGGUAACAUAUUAAAGGUCCCUCGUUUUUUGAUAGGAGACAACACAGUGCCUCAUGAGAAACAUCAUGGUGUUGGAGCAGUCAGUAGUGUCUUUAUCCAUAUGACGCUCAUAUCUGCAAUUAUAUUUCGCUGCUGGAUCAACUUAUCAACACUGUUGAAGAUGUGA